AUGUCAUUGCUAUUACUAUUUAUUAUUUUUAUUAUUCUUAUUUGUCUUACAUUCCAAAAAUGGAUUAUCCAUUCUAUUCAAAUAUUAAAAGCGUACAAGAACAUUCCAUGUUCACCAAAUAAAUUACCUAUUUUAGGAGAUCUAUUAACUCUACCAUUAGAUUCGCACAAAUUCACGAAAAAACUUGAUGAAUACUAUCAACGUGCAAGAAAUGAAAAUUUAUUUUCAAUAUGGCUUGGCACGUAUCCUUUACUUGCAUUUUUUCAUCCAGUUGGACUUGAACAUUUUUUUUCUGGUACAAAAAAUAUUACAAAAUCAUCAGAUUAUAGAUAUUUUCUACCAUGGCUUCGAACUGGCCUAUUAACAAGUGAAGGAACAAAAUGGAAAGAUCGUCGACGUAUUCUAACGCCUGCAUUUCAUGAUAAAGAUUUGUUAGCUAAUUCUGUUGAUAUAUUCAAUGAACAAGCAACUAUUUUAGUUCAACGUUUAGCUUCUUUGAAACCAGACAAAGAAGUUAAUUUAUAUACUUAUAUUGCAGCUUGUGCUCUUGAUAUUAUUUGUGAAGCUACAAUGGGUUUAAAUGUAGGUGCCCAACAACAAAGAAAUUCUGAAUAUGUUAAUGCUGUUUUGAAAUUGACAGAUAUAUUAAUAAAACGAUUACGCAUGCCAUGGCUGUGGCCUGAUUUCCUAUUUAAUUUAUUAUCUGAAGGUCGAGAACAGAAUCGAUGUUUAAAGAUAGUUCAUCAGUUCACAAAAAAAGUCAUUGAUGAUCGUGCUCAAAACUUUCAUGCAAAUGAAACUGAUGGAAAACGUCUUGCAUUUCUUGAUUUACUUCUGAAACAAAUGCAUGAUGAACAACUAACUCUUCUUGAUAUUCAAGAAGAAGUUGAUACAUUUAUGUUUGAAGGACAUGAUAACGCAGCAGCAGCAAUACACUUUACUUGUUUUACAAUUGCAUUAUAUCCGGAAGUGCAACAGAAACUACAUGAAGAAAUUGAUCGAGUAUUUGGAAAUGAUUAUGAUCGAUCAUGUACAAUUGAAGAUCUUAAUGAAUUAGAAUAUUUGGAAUGUGUGCUAAAAGAGAGUCUUCGUUUAUAUCCUCCAGUUCCAUUUAUUGCACGUAAAGUACAAGAAGAUUUCAUGUUUCAUGAUCAUAAAGUUUUAAAAGGCUCAUCAGCUUUUAUAUUUAUAUAUUAUAUUCAUCGCGAUCCAAAAUAUUUCCCUGAUCCUGAUCGAUUUGACCCUGAUAGAUUUUUACCAGAGAAUAGUAUUGGUCGAUCGCCAUAUGCAUUUGUACCGUUUUCAGCUGGUUCAAGAAAUUGUAUUGGACAACGAUUUGCAAUGUUAGAGGUGAAAGUUAUUUUAGCAACAAUACUCAAACGAUUUAAACUCAAAACGAGUCAAUCUGCUGACGAUUUACACCUUGCAUUUGAAGUUUUAUUACGUUCUGAAAACGGCCCUUACAUACAACUUGAAUUACGUCAUUAA